AUGAGCGUGAACAAAUAUGCAAACUUGCCAGACAUAGAUACAGCCCCAGAUAUCUACGAGACAGAGGAUGUAUUCCCUUCCUCGCAAGCCAAACAAGGGGACUCGAGCGAUGAAGAAUCAGGAGUUCAGACGCGUCACACAUCUCGAGGAAAGAUUAUAGAAGCGCCAGGGAGGGAAGAACUCGACAACAGCAGCCUGAUUGGUACAGAUGAGGCGAGCAGACGGUUCAAGCGCGCAGAGCGCAAGAGCCGUCAGGAUCGCUCUCUUUACAAGUAUCCUCCAUCACGAAGCCUUUCGCCUUCCCCUUCUCGACAAAAAUCCCUAUCUGCGCGUCUGCGCCUGCUUCAAAACGAACUAGCGUCUUUAGAGAACGAGGUCUCGGAUCCCUCUAACCCUUUACUCCAGAAGGAACGCGAGGAAAGCAAUGUCGAUCCAGGCGAGUUGAUCAAAGGGCUGGUGGAUGUGAGAGCCCGGCUGGACAAGGUCUCUCAAAAGGAGGGUAGAUCGAGACUCGUACAGGAGGAGGAGGGAGCCACAACGAAAGUAAAGGAUGGAGAUCAAGCGAAGGACGGUGUGAAGGAAUUGGCCGAGAUGGAUCGUCGAGUUGGCGAGGUAGAAAAGCUCAUUGGCUCUUCUAGCACUUCUCUCGAUGAGGCCUCUCCAAUGCCAACACCUCUUCUUCUCCUCCUCAGUCGAUUGAACACCCAAGUCACCGUCCUUACCCAGCCUCGUCACUUAGAUAAUAUAUCGCGUCGUCUCAAACUCCUUCUAUCUGACCUCGACCGUGUCUCUUCUGCAAACCAACAACAUCGGCGUCAGUCCCACCACAAUGAAGCUGCCAUUCCGCCAAACGCGGCACCCUCUGCCCUCCAAGAACAGAUCACCCCCAUCCUCACUCGCCUUGUGCCGAGCCUACCUCAUAUUCCACACAUCCUUAUGAGGCUCCGAACUCUGUCCGCGUUACACACAUCUGCCGCGGAGUUCCAGAGCACCCUCGAAGGUCUUGAGGAAGAACAGAAGAAAGCCCGGGAGGCAUUAGAAGAGUUGAGCAGAGCACUAGAUAGCGUCGAGGGUAGUCUAGACGAGAACAGGAAGCUGGUGGAAGGUAACGUAAGUGGUUUGGAGGAGCGGGUACAAUCACUCUUGCAGAGAGUGGAGCAGGUGAGCAGAUGA